UUUGGAUCAUAAGGCGAAGGGGACAGUACAGGGAAAUAAAAGGGAGAGCGGAAAAAUAGUGCAAUUUGUUGUAUAAAAGGGGAACAAUUUAAGGGCAUAAAUAGGAUGAGUUUAAGCUAUGUAAGAUUUCACACUCAUACGCAAUUAUCCUGAUUAAAAUCCUUUUUCUUAUUAUUUUAAAUAAGGAUCAGGCUCUUGUAUUCCACUAUGCUCCUCGUCAGUUUAGAAACUUCUAACAUUUUCCCGCUGUUCAAGUUUGUAAGGUUGCCCUGAAGUGGUUUAAACAAUGGGAACAUGUGGCUUGAUGGCACAAUAUUUUGCUGGAACAUUCAUCUCUUUAUUAGUAUGCACACUUCCUGUUCUGGAUGGAUUGGUGCAGUUCCACUUUGAUGUUUAGGUUGUGUUUAAUGACAAGAAACAAGUUGUAGCAGGUUUGGUUAAUUUGGAAACCCGGGUAAAACAACAGUGAUUGAUGUGGGAGUUAAAAGAACAGGAAGGAGUAAUGAAGGAAUCACAAAUCCAUGUUAACUGAUUUAAGUAGUUUCUAGUAAUUUUAUUUUCUACUCUCUCUCAGACCCCACACUUUGUUAGCUAAGCUGACAAGCUGCCCGAUAUCCAAAGAUUUGUGCUGUGCAUACUAUGCACAAAAGCCCAGUGCCUAUUUUCAGAAAAUUGGAGACUUGAUCCUACUGCUGCUGCAGUGCAUAUAACAAUUUUGUAAAUACAUGUCAUUGUGCAUGCAUGACAGCUACCUCAAAAGUACCUCAGAUUGUAAAGUGAAUGUGGCUUACAUUUUCAAAUUAGAUGGAAGCUGCUUUUAAGGGGAAAAUACAUCAAACAGCAGUGUUUCCCAAGAAAACCACAUUGUAGAUAUGCAUUGUGGUUAACUUCAUGUAUAUUGUACACAGCUUCAGACACCACCAGUGGGAGUGUACCAGAGUAAACAGUAAUGUGUAUGUAGCUUUAUUUUAUGGGGCCAGCUUCUGUUGGUGUAGGAACAUAGAAGCUUGUUAGUUAUACAUAAUUCUACCUGAGUAACUGAAAAGCUUCUAUAUGUCUACAUAUAGGAAAUGUCCUCCAAAAACCUUUACUUUUUUCCUUUCUAACACUAAUUGGAAGUAGGCAGGUCCAGAGCAAUGAAUCACAAAGAGAUGCAAGAGGUAGUCUUCUCUGCGAUAGAGUAAUCGUUUGCAUCUCUGCAUAGAGAACGACUGAGUGCUAUAAUCAUACCAGCCUGACAUAGAUGGCAGAAUUGCCUACCCUCAACAGUGACCAGAAGGAAAUAAAGUUAGAGUGAAUCACUUUUGCAGGGAUGUUGUAGACAUCCUCCUUUGUGGUGGGGUACUUCUGGGCUCACACAAUCCUUUAAUUAAUACAAUGCGUUUCUCAUGGCACACUAAUAGAUCUCAUGUGGAACAGUUUGGGGAUUACUGGUGUACGAUAAUAGUACAUGUUAAACAGAAAAGGACAUGACAGAGCAAGGAAAUAUUUUCACAGCAUUUAACAGAACUGCUUAUAUAGACUAGGAAAUACACACACACACACACACACACACACACACACACAGAGAGAGAGUAUAUAUGAUAAUAAUAUUCUAUAGACUAGGAAAGUAAAAGUAAAAGUGGGUUUAUGCUUUUCUUUUAAUUUAUACCAAGCCCUUCAAAAAGUACUUGGGCCAAUUUACAGUACAGUGGUACCUUGGGUUAAGAACUUCUGGAGUUCCGUUCUUAACCUGAAACUGUUCUUAACCUGAGGUACCACUUUAGCUAAUGGGGCCUCCCGCUGCCACCACGCCGCCAGAGCACGAUUUCUGUUCUCAUCCUGAAGCAAAGUUCUUAACCCUGAAGCGUCUGUAACCCGAGGUACCACUGUAACUAAUUAAAUACAAAAGUAUUUAAGCCCUCUGAAUUUUUCCAAAUUAUGUGGACAAUGGGGAAAUGAAAUGGAAAGGAACACUGCUUCCAUUUCAUAGUAUAUGGCAAAAGUCCAUAGAAGCCCUGUUGACAGGUGCCUAUCUCUGGUCUCUCAGAGUAAAUAUUGACUAUUUAGUAGCAUAUCACUUUCUCCUUCCUCUGUCUCAGCAGAGGAAUAAGGGGAUUUGUUUGUGUAUCCUCUUUCCCUGAGUAAUCAGUGGAAUUAAAGUCUUUCUGUGUCCCUCCCACUUGCAACCUUAGGCGUGUCUACUUAAAGUCCAAUUGAACUAAAUGGAUCUUACUCUCAAGAAAACAUGUAUGGACCACAGCCAAAAUAUUGGAAUUGUUACCAAUAUGACUUUCCCCUUGGCAGCACACCUUGGCUUCCACCACCUGAGGCGGCAUCUGCCUCAGUCUGCCUUAUAAUAAUAAUAAUUUAUUAUUUAUACCCUGCCCAUCCGGCUGGGUUUCCCUUGAAUUUGUCUAAUCCUCUUUUAAAGCCUUUCAACUUGGUAGCCAUCACUGCCUUCUGGGGAGAGAGAAAAAGGUGGUGGUGGGUUCUCUCCCUCCACCCCAGUCUUUCAAAUACCGUAGCCAAGGAGGUCACCACCCCACAUCCCUUGGGAUGGAGUUCCUGCAAAGUGGCUCUUCUGGACCCCUGGUGUGCAAAGAGAGAGAGGUGAGUAAAGCAGCACCUCCUGCCGCCUUUUCUGGCUUGCGCAUGCGCGCUCUCUUUGUGGGACCCUCACAGGGCCCGAUCCUCCGAGCCGCGCAGCACUCCGCGGAAGAGGAAGCCAUAUAUAUAUCUGGAUGCAUAGCCAUAAGGGGAAAGCAAAGUCGCUGUGGAAUCUCUCUCUCUCUCGGAACUGCCCGCCGACUUCCUUCCACAACGAAGAAGGAAGAAACAAAUGAACCCCCUUCCUCGCCCCCCUCCGCUGCAGAGCCCCACGCGUCCACCCGCCUCUCUUUUCCCCUGACCCGGGUAACCCCCAUCUGGAGACGUUCCCUCUAGCCGCCGCUUGGGGCACCCGGGGAGCCAAUGGGAAGUGUUCUUAUCUGGGAGCCAAUGGUAGUGGCCGUGACAUCCCUUGGAAUUGGGGGGUGGCGGGGUGGGGAGGAAGCGCCGCCUUGAAAAGGGAUCCGCUGGCCCACGUUCCCCCCCAGUGGCUUUUCCCGGGUUCUCCUCCUCCUGCUGUGUGAGUGCUGCAACCUGAGCUUGGCACGAUGGAUCCUGUGCAAGAGGGACGUGUUGUGAUUGUUGGCAGGUAAAUCCCUUGACGAGGGGCUCUCCUGUUGGCAAGGAGAGAGGAGGGAGAAGGGUGUUUAAGUCCGGGAAAGGGGAUCCUGAGCCCCCCCUUCCCCCCAGGAAAGCGCGAAGGACGUGGAACCUGCGUUUUAAGCGUGGGAUCUUCAAAGCCACCAAACCACAACUUACACUGGCAUUUGCUGUUGCUGCAGCAAGGUGUUAAAAAAGACAAAACAAAUGAGUAACUUUCCUGCGUGUGAAUAGAACACUUAUCUAAGCCAUUUAAUCUGUUUGCGUUUAGUCUGUACAGAUUACCUUGAAACACAUGGAGAGCUAAAGGACAUUCUAGGUGAAUAGCAGCACGGGAAAAAGUCCAUUGCCAACAUGGAAAUUCAAAGUGUGGUGUGUUUUGGAAAGCUUUUAUAAACAGCAAUAUGUAGAUUUUUGCCAAGAUAAUUUUAUAGUGUAGUAACUUGAUUGAAAUCUGGAUAGCCUUCAUGUAUUUAUGUUCAGGUUGUAUGUGUUGUUCUUUUUUUCCUCCCUCUAAAUUAACUGCAUCUAAUUAAAGUAACAGGAAAUUUGUACCUAAAAUUAGUGCUACUGUGUGUGCUUGCUUAUAAUUAAGAAAAAAAGAGCCCUGCUGGAUCAAAUGGAAGGCCUAUGUAGUCCAGCAUUCUGUUCACUUGGUGGCUGAUCAAAUGUCUAUUGGAAGCUCACAAAUGGCUUUAAAAUAUAUAUGCCUCUGUUUUCCCCGUUUGAUAAGGCCUAAAACUCUGGCUUGCUUAUUUUUAUAAUUGAAUGUUUUCGCCCCAACCUUAACUCUUCAAACGCAGUCUUGCUGCCCGACCGCAGAACAUAAGAGGUGUGAAUUGUGUUUGGAGCAUGUGCCUUUUACGUUGUCGCAUGCUGUUAGACUAAGGCAGCAGCUAGGGGUUGCACUCAGUUAUGCAUCGGUCACCAGUGGUAUGUAGAGGGUAAGGUCAAACUUUGCCCAAUGGCAGCACCAACUGGGAAACUGCUUAAAUGUCGGAAAUUGGAACACUUCAGCUAGCACAGAACAAAGGUCAACCAGCAAUUCUUUCUGUGCUAGAGGUUUGUUGGUAGUCUGUUGAGGCUACUGCACUGUGGACUAUGAAUUGCUGUCAGAUAUGUGAUUAAGAGACUCUCUUGUAAACUAAGUGAAUGAAAGUACAUGUUUGUUCUGAAUAUUGAGUGUAUGUCUGAAUAAAACUGUGAAGUAGAUGACCUCUGUACCAUUAGUAACCUUCAUGUGGAAUUGCACCAUUAUUGUUCCUGUAUCCUGUUAACUGAUUAAGAGAACAAGUGAUAAACAAAUCAUGUUUAUUGCCAAUUUUUAACACGGCUAUUAACUGUAUGAAAACAAAGUACCAUUGAAAUCAGUAAAACUCCAAGGAAAGUGUGUGGUCAUCCAUGCCUUUAUAUGCGGAAAGCUUUAAUUUCCUAUGGUGAAUAGUGCAAAAAGUGUAGUGUUAUAUACAUUUGCUAUUAUAAAUACUGACAAUAAACUGAUCAGAGGUUCAAGUAAGCCUUUUCUGAAGUCUAAAAGCAUUUUAUGGAAAUACUAAUACAUUGAGUUAUAAGACAUAUUCAAGUAGAGAUGGUACCAUAGCAGUUAUUUGUCCAAACUCCACCUGUAUGGGUUAUGAUUGCUCUGUAAAUUCUAUUUCAGUAAUUCUAAAGCAUAUUGUCUUCCUAGUUUAGUAUACAGUGUUGUAGUGUAGAUAGAUAGAUAGCUUACUCAGCCACAUUUGCAAUAUACUUCCACAUUUUUUGUUCCGAUUAUCUCCUUUGCUGCCUUUUACUUGCAGAUGUGGAGAUCUGCAAGAUUCUGGCAAAUAUGACGACCAUUCCUCAUUGUCCCCAGUUAUAAAAAGAGAUAAAUACUUCCUUAUUUUGCUUAGUUAUUGGGCAAUUCAGUUCCAUUCACAAUAAUGUCAGUGCCCAAGACAUUUUAUUGUCUGAAGUGGAGCAUGUGCUUAAUUUCUAGUGAAAAUGUAUGGCAAUUAAUAGUGCAAUCCUAUGCAUACCAAUUCAGAUUAAGUCCUACUGAACUCAAAGGGACUUUACUGUGGGCAUAAUCCAGGCCAAUUUAAGCACAUUUAGCUUGCAAUUCUCUACAUGCUUACUUAGGAGGAUAAUACUGUGCAAGGAUUAUAUAACUUUCUUAUAUAAAGCACAUGUUAUUUUCGUGGCAAGAGCUGAUGAACGACGGUAUCAAAAUUUAGUUUUAAAAAAGAACUUGCAAAAAUCAUUUUUAAAAGUCAGGCUGCUUUAUUUACAGUCUUUUCUAAAUAAGAAACACUUAAGAAUAUAUGAUAAGACACUUGAAAAGCUUCUCCUAAGAAUAAUAAAAACAUGUUAAUUAAAAGAGUGUUUUGCAUCUCAUGACACAUUCUUGCAUUUAAAAUCUGUAGAGGUGUUUGCAUAGACUGCCUGGCUGCAGAAUAGAAUAAUGUGGGACUAUUCUGUUCUGAUGUCUGCUCUUCAGUGACUUUGAUAUGACAUGACUAUAGCUACAACCUUUAAUAACUUGUGACUUCAUGUGGCCUUAUCUUGCCUCUUUGAGGGUUUCCUCACUGCACUGGGAAACCCAGCCAGAUGGGUGGGGUAUAAAUAAUAAAAUAUUAUUAUUAUCAUCAUUAUUAUCAUAGCUGUGUUUUGACAACUCCAUUUGGUUGAUCUAACUGAGCAAUUCAUGACUGCCAUACUCUCUCUCAAUACAUUGUGGGAUCAACAUAUAUCCUAAGUCCACUGAAUCUGUUUAUUGCCACAGAGAAAUUGUUAGUGCGGGUUAAUAUAACUGGGUUGUCAUGGGUGGAUCGCUACCUGUUGAGAUUUAGAUUGCCUUUGGCAGUCUUUCCUUCACCCCCCCCAAAUGCAAAGGUGAAGGACCUAUUGGGAUGGUCUACUGUCAGACUUGUUGAAUUUGAGAGAUUCCUGCAAGUGAGCAAUUUGCAAGGCACUUGGAGCACAAGGUCACUCACAUUUUGAUCCAAACUAGACGUCAGUGUUGAUAAAGUUCUAGAGUAGGUUUCUAGAGCUGGCCAGUCAAAGUGUAUGGAAUCAUUUUGUUGUGGUGGUGGUUUGAGGAUGUGGACAGGACAACUGAAGGGACCUCGACUAUAACAUGUACUCUCAGUUUAGCUUAUUCCUUCAACUACAGCAAUACAGAGACAUGGAAAAGGAUUUAGGAGUUGUCUCGUAUUUUUAAACAUGGAUUUUACUGGAUCUUUACAUGGAAGAAAUAGCAAAACAAUAAAUAAUAGCACAUGAGUAGGGAGGUGAUCAAUGCCUUUUUAUGAGAGGGAGUGGUCCUUGCCUGUUUGAAGAAGGCAGUGGUGAAACCACUCCUUAAGAAACCUUCCCUGAAUUCAGAAAACCUAACUAACUACCAGCCGGUUGCUAAUCUCCCUUUCCUGAGCAAGACCAGAUCCCAGUGCUUUUGGAAGAAACUGAUUUUCUGGAUCCAUUUCAGUUGGGGUUUUGGCACAGAAACUGCUUUGGUCACCCUGUAUGAUGACCUCUGUUGAGAGAGAGGCAAGGCAAACAUGUCCCUGUUAAUUCUUCCUCAGCCUCUCAGUGGCUUUAGAUACCUUCUGGAGCAACUGUCUGAACUAGCGGUGGGUGGCACCGCUUUGCGGUGGUUCCAGUCCUACUUGGAUGGUCGUUCCCAGAGGGUGUUGCUUGGGGAAUGCUUUUCAGCCCUGUGGAACCUUCAGUGUGGGGUUAUGCAGCUCUAAUUCUCCUUUACAUCUGCAGGUGAGGCAGUGGAAGUGCUGGACCAGUGUCUUGCUUCGGUAAUGGACUGGAUGAGAGCCAAAAACUGAAACUCAAUCCAAAUAAGACUGAGACACUGUUAGUGGGUGGUUCCCUAGGCCAGAUGGGUGGGAGAUUGCCUGCUCUUGAUGGGGUUACACUUCCUCUGAAGGAACAGGUUUGUAGCUUAGGGGUACUCCUGGAUCCUUUGCUGUUACUUGAGGCUAAGGUGGCCUCUGUGGCCCGGAGUGCCUUCUGUCAGCUUCGGCUGGUGGCCCAGCUACGCCCCUAUCUGGACAGGGAUAGCCUAACUACUGUUGUCUGUUCUCUGGUAAUCUCAAGGUUCAGAAACUUCAGCUAGUGCAGAAUUCAGCGGCCAGGUUGCUCACUGGAGCAAGACAGUUUAAGCAUAUUACACCGAUCCUGGUCAGACUGCAUUGGCUCCCAAUUAGUUUCCAGGCCCAAUUCAAAGUGCUGGUUUUGACCUAUAAAGCCUUAAACGGCACAGGACUGCAAUACCUCAAGGACUGCCUCUUUCUAUAUGAACCUACCUGGACCCUGAGAUCAUCUUCUAAGGCCCUUCUUUGUCUGCCUCCUCCUUGAGAGGUCCAGAGGGUGGCAACAUGAGAACGGGCCUUCUCUGUAGUGGCUCCCUGUCUGUGGAAUGCUCUCCCCAGGGAAGUUUGUCUGGUGCCUUCAUCAUGUACCUUUAGGCUCCAGGCAAAAACGUUCUUUUCUAAACAGUACUUUGGUUGAUUUGACUGACAUCCUAUGCCCUUUUAAAAUGUGUGGUAUGUUUUUUUGGGGGGGGGUAUUGGGUUGUUGUUUUUAUUUUGAUUCUAUAUUUUGUGGUUUUAUAUUUUGAUUUUGUUCUGUGAACCGCCCUGAGACCUGACUUCCAGGUAUAGGUUGAUAUAUAUAAAUUCAAUUAAUAAUAAUAAGUAAUACAAGUAUAUUAUCUGCAAAUGAAAGGGGUGAUUAAAAAAUUAAGAGAAAUUGACUACAUAUACAUAAUUGAACAAGUGAAUUAAUGAAUAGGGCUAGGGAGUGCCUUCCAUAUUAAUAUUUUAUUGUAGGACCAGAAAAUUUGCAUCUACAUAUCCAAAUUAGAUCCCAGUAUUUAGCAAGAAUUAUGCCCGUUGGCAGGCAGAUACUAAACAGGACUGUUUGUUGGCACUGUGCAAUUUAGCUGAUCUUUGAAAUGAGUAUUAUCAUUACUAAGCAGUAUCUAAGAUAGAAUUGCAUAGAAUAUCAUUUUCUGUAAAAAGAAAGAAAGAAAGGAUUGACUAAAUAUACAAUACAACAUUAAAAAAAAAAAAGAAUUGCCAAGUGGGGCAGAACCCUGGUGGUAGAGCACAUGCAUAAUCUCCCAGAUUAGUCUCAAAUUUUUCAGGUAACAGGACAGGGAAGAAUCCUGACAGCCAAGGGAGCCAUGAUCAGAGUAUAUAAUAGUGGGCAAGAUGAAUAGCCUAACUUGGGGUAAGGCAACUUCAUAUAACUAUAUAUGUUCACCCGAAUGUUUCUGCAUUCCAUAUGUACUUAGAGGGAUGCUCUGUGUGCAGAAUUCCAGGCCUCUAGCAUGCAGAAUAACCUACAGAAUAGUGAAACAAGACUAUUUUAAAUCCAAGUCCAUUUUGUUCAACAUUCGCUCUCUGCUUAAUAAACUUAGAUGUUCCAAAAGUAGGGUGUGAGCCAAUUUGCUUUGUAAUAUGCUGCUUGGUCUGUUGCGUCCUUCAUUGCCCUUUCAAAACAUACCUUAAACCUCUGUUGCUGAAUCUGUGGGUUGGUUAACUAUAUCCACAUCCAGGUUGCUGCCUUCAACAGGUGCUGAAACAGGAAAACCUUGUUUUGCUUCUGUGUUGUGACAGGAAUAGGUCUGUGAGGUGGUUGAGCGUAAGAGGCAGGGCCUUUUUUGUGGUGGCUCCACCACACCUUUGGAGUCCUUUCCCAGAAAUGCUGCAAUGGCAGCUACACCUCAGACUUUUCAGAAGACCUUAAAAACUCAAUUGUUUCAGUUGGCCUUCUCCUGAACAAUUUAUGUCCUGCUUACCGGAAAGAGACUGGAAUAUCGUUGUUACUAGAAUUCCAAACUCUCUUUGUGGAAUUUCUGUAGAAUAGAUCAAUAAUAAUUAUUGAUUUUUAGUAAAAAACAUUUUUAUAUACUUGUAGUUUUUAUUGCUGUAAGCUGCUUUGGGCAGGCUUUGCCUGGAAAAGUGGCAUGUAAGUAUUUUAAAAUAAAUAACAAUAAAAGAUUUGUGCUAACCGUUUUCUCUUUUCUUCUUAGUGGACUCAUUGGAUGUAGCUGGGCCAUGUUAUUUGCUUCUGGUGGAUUUCAAGUAAAGCUUUAUGAUAUUGUACAAGAACAGGUAACAAAAGCCCUGGAAAAAAUUGGGUAAGUCAUUUGAGUUCCUUUAGCACAGAUUAGUCAGGAUUAUAAUUGUUUGAAUACUGUGGUUAGCUUUUAGUUCUAAACACGAUGAACAAGGAACUAAUGGGAUUUCAGGAUGCAUUCAGAUUAUCUGUUCAAGGUAGUGCUCAAAUUGUGGGAUAAAAGGUAGUAGAUCUUCAGUGAGACCCACAAGCCCCACUACCUGAUCAAUUGUCCAAUGUGUCCUCUAUUGCCUUCUAAAAGCAAUAGCAGGCAGAUAGUCACACACAGAGGCAUAAAUCCUUUUACUGUCACACAACAGGCAGAGGCUUAUCUCUGAUUUUAGCACAUAGAAUGGAGAUAGGAUGUCCCUUAUCUCUGAUCGUAGUGCUUAGAGAGUCUGACAUCUCCAUCUGGCUGGUCCCUCCAGGUACACAGAAGAGCUUAUUUAUUGCAUUUGUAUCCCACCAUUUUCUCCAAGGAGUACAUGAUGCACCUCUCUCCUCAGGUAAUCCUUACACAACGACCCUGUGAGGUAGGUUAAGAGGUUGGGACUAGCCCAAGGUCACCUAGUAGGCCUGGGCAAUAUAUCCAUAUAUCACCCAGGACUGGGAUUAGGGGCAGACAGUGAUGACAGCUUCACUCAGCGGCAUAUUGGUGGUGAAACCGCUACCUCCUGAGUCCCACUGCUACCAGCGUGCUGAGGGAAAAACAAUCUGCAUCCGGACUCUGGCGGCAGAGGGACUCGGGAGCGGUGGCAGUUUCACCAGUGAUAUACCGCUGAGGGAAACCGCCAUCACGGUCUGCCCUCAUACCACUGAAGGGAGAAACAGUCAGCAUUGCCGAGGCACAAUACGGCUUGCUCCUCCCUCUGCUUCAACAAGCCCCAUGUCCCUCCGGCUUGUGCAUACUGGAGGGAUAUGGGGCUUGUUCAGCUGGGGGGAGGGCAGCGAGAAGACUCAAAGAAGCCCUCCCGCCCCCCAGCUAAGCCUUGCCAGUCCCCCUUGCCUGUUUCAAGGCAGCAGUGGAAGCUGCCUCAGCUGCCUCCACCUUUCAGUAGCUUGCUUGGCUUGUCACAUACCUUCACCUUUCAGAUGCUCCAUGUGUUUGUUAUUUUUUUCGUGUUAUACAAAUACAGUAUCAGUAACACUUUAAAAAGCUUGUUUAAGAUGCCCAGUCCCUUCCAAUACUAGUAAGUGGAGACUUAAGUUUCCAGAAUGCUUAUUGAGAGUUAGGAGUUUCCGUAUUCAAAUCACUCAGUCGGGAGUUGCGUAGGUGUCUUUAGAUAAGAUACUGUUUUUUUGGUGUCAGCCCCACCCCUUGUAAUAUGGGAUGGUGGCAGUAGUGACCUAUUUACAAUGCUGUUGUAAGAAUUAUUGAGAUAAUGCACGUGAAGCACUUUGGACACUUCAGCUGUGCUAAAUUGUAAGAAUUGAGUUGAUGCUGGCUUAAAUUCCCAUGUCCAACUUCCUGAGAACUUGCAUGAUGUACCACUGAAAUGUCACAGAGAAGUUAUGUUUCUAACAUUGCCCCAUCUUAUAUCCAUGUCGUUGCAAACUUCAGAUGAUGAUCACAAAAGUUAUCCAUACAGACCAGAGUUUUCUUUGUUGAGGGUAGAAAUGUGAUAUUCUUUGCACUACCAAAAUGGCAUUGCCUAGGUAACAGCAGAAUGAACAAGCAAACAAAACACUUGGGGAGAGAGGGUUCAGCAAAGCAGUUUCAUGUUUCUGACUGUUUGGUGGUAAGGGAUACUUAAAAGUGUGAAGAGGAAUGCAUUUUUUUGUUUCUCCUUCAGAAUUGAUUUGACUGGACUAAGGGCUAAGCAAAGCCCCUUAUCAGAUUAGUGUUUCACUCCCAAUUCCUUUGUUAAGUUGUUUUCCCUGAUUUCUCUGUCUGUAAUAUGAGGAAGCAUCUAAUUACCUAUGGGUGAUGGGACUGCUAUUGUACAAUACGAAAACAUUACUGCUCUAACAAUAAUAAACAUAAGGCUUUGCCAGAAGCAUGGACUUGUGAGAAGGAGCGCCAGGUUGUUUUCAAGGUUUUGUUUCAAGGUUUUGUUUUGUUUCAAGGUUUUCCCCACAUCCGGUAUUUAUUUAUUGCAUACGACCCGCUUUUAAGUUGUGACCACUCUGCACAUAACUUUAAACACCUCCUGGUGGAUUGCAGGUCCCACUUGCAAUAUACUCUGCAUGAGAAGGGUGGAGACACGAGCAGGUUGAGGAAACUGGCAGAUUGAUGACUGGGUAAUCUGUAUGUUAAUAUUGUCUGGGACAUCACAUUAUGCUGUGCCUCUAUCGAAUAAGAGUCUGCCUAUUCCUGUAUAAUCUUUGUUCAGUCAUCAACAGACAUGCAAAAGGUUUUCAUGUGCUGGAGAGGCUGGAAAAGUUCACAUGUUUUGUGGUACGGUGCUAUAUAAAUAUUUCUAUGAAUACAUGAGUAAGAUAUAAAAAGGGCAACCAAAACGAUCAAGGGGAUGGAGCAAUGGGGAAAGGUUGCGGCAUUUGGGGAUUUGUAGUUUAGUGAAAAGGGACGCGGGUGGCGCUGUGGGUUAAACCACAGAGCCUAGGACUUGCUGAUCAGAAGGUCGGUGGUUCGAAUCCCCGCGACGGGGUGAGCUCCCGUUGUUCGGUCCCACCUCCUGCCAACCUAUCAGUUUGAAAGCACGUUAAAGUGCAAGUAGAUAAAUAGGUACCGCCCCAGCGGGAAGGUAAACGGCGUUUCCAUGCGCUGCUCUGGUUCACCAGAAGCGGCUUAGUCAUGCUGGCCACAUGAGCCGGAAGCUGUACGCCAGCUCCCUCGGCCAAUAAAGCGAGAUGAGCACCGCAACCCCAGAGUCAGCCACGACUGGACCUAAUGGUCAGGGGUCCCUUUACCUUAGUUUAAUGAAAAUGCGAGUAAGAGGCAACAUGAUAGAAUUAUACAUGGCACAUAGAAAGUGGAUAGAGAGAAGUUUCUUCUCUCAUAAUGGUAGAACUCAUGGACAUCAGUGAUGGCUGCCUGGAGGCAGUGGUGACCAGCAACUUGGAUAGCUUUAAAAGAGGAUUAGACAAAUUAAUGGAGGCAAAGGUCAUCAUGGUUGUUCUCUGCCUCCAUAGUCUGAGGAACUAGGCUUCUGAAUACCAGCUGCUGGAAACUGCAGGAGGGGAGAGUGUACUUGGGUCCUGCCUGUGGGUUUCUCAUAGGCUCUGGUUGUGAAAACAAGAUGCUGGACUAGAUGGGCAAUUGGCCUGAUUCUGAUCUGCUACAAGGAAAAGUUCAAGGUCUUGGUACUAACAUAUAAGGCCCUAUGCAGCUCAGGACCAGGUUACUUGAGAGACCACCCUAUCCCUUGUAUGCCCAGGAGGUCGCUGCGGUCUGUGGAAGAGCUCCUUCUGCAAAUCCCAAAGAUAUCAGAAGUCAGCAUCACAGUAACUUGGAGCAGAACUUUCAGUAUGUCUGUCCCUUUUCUUUGGAAUAGCAUUUUGGGAUAUAACAAGAGCCCACCAUUUGCACUUUCCGGGAACAAAUGAAGACAUUUUUGUUCUGACAUGCUUUCCCAGCUGGAUUUCUGCCAAGGGUGUCUGUAUUGUAUCGCUUUUGCCUUUCUGGUUUUUUUAAAAGAAAGUAUUUGCUAUUUUGUGCUGUGUUUAGCCAUUUUUAGCUAUUUUUAUAGCACACCACCUUGAGAUGUUGGCAUGGGAGGCAAUUAAUAAAUGAAUAACAAUGUUUGCAUUGUGCUCUGAAGCAUGAAUCUAGAGAAUGCCAUAAAAAGGUAAAGGACCGCUGACAGUUAAGUCCAGUCGCAGAUGACUCUGGGGUUGCAGCACUCAUCUCGCUUUACAAGCCGAGGGAGCUGGUGUUUGUCCACAGACAGUUUUUCCAGGUCAGGUGGCCAGCAUGACUAAGCUGCUUCUGGCGCAAUGGAACAUCGAAACCAGAGCAGCACAUGGAAAUGUCGUUUAACUUCCCACCGGAGUGGUACCUAUUUAUCUACUUGCACUUUUUGGCGUGCUUUCAAACUGCUAGGUUGGCAGGAGCUGGGACUGAGCAACGGGAGCUCACCCCGUCGCGGGGAUUCGAACUGCCGACCUUCUGAUCGGCAAGCCCAAAGAGGCUCAGUGGUUUAGACCACAGCGCCACCGGCGUCCUUGAGAAUGCCAUACACUGCACCAUAUUUCAUGAGGGUUCCUUUUAAUAAGUGUGCGUGGAAAAAGUUAAGAGUGCAGUAGGGGAAAACAGGUUGCCGGAAUCUUUCCUGUGGUAUAUUUUUAUUAGUACGUGUGAUAAAUAAAACUCAUAAUUCUUCUGCUGGUCUUCUGUUUUCAAACAGCAAAGAAUUGAAAGAACUAGGAAAGACAGGAAUGCUGAAAGGUACUCUGACAGCUGACAAGCAGCUGUCUCUCAUUAGCGGCUGCACAGAUUUAAAAGCGGCAGUAGAGGGUGCCAUUUACCUUCAGGUGAGUACAGUACAUGCUUGUUUGCUUGAAAUGACCAAAGGGAGGAAAUUUUGUGGGGAAUUCACUGGCUUCCUUAUGCUCUAAUCAUUUGUUCAUUCACCAGCUUUAUCUCAUACUGUAGUUGGAUGAAAGUAAAAGCACCGGCCUCUAAAUACAGCCUUGACUAUGCAGCAGCUGGUCAUUACCAUUCCAGCAAAAUUUUUAUAUCUAAUAGAGCUUAAUUGACCAAAAAUUGUAAGUGGUACUCCUACCUCUUUUCAUUGGCAGUUUGUGGGCCAAGUAAAUGAUAAGUUUAAAUCUGGUUUAAAUCAGCCAAACUUAAUGCCUAAAGUUUUCAGAAGUCUAGUUAAAGGAGGUACUUUUGUAUAGAAUCCGUUGUGGUUAGGUUGUGCAUAAAGAAUAUACCAGAUUUUAAUAAAUAGGUGAUCUAGCUAAGUGCAGAAAUGGAAAUUCUGUUGCUUCAGUCAAUUCAAUUCUACUCUAUUGCUUCAUUUUACUGGAGUACCCCCAGAUAAAUAAACUUAAAAGUGAAAGCAGUGAAAAGGGUCUUAGCAUACAUUUUGCUACCCUAGUUGUACACGUAUUUCUUAGGGGUUGUUUGUACAUAUCCUGAUCUCGAUUGAUGCCCUGCACUGGCAACUUGCGGGAGGAGGGGCAUACUCUCAAAGGCAGAACUAUGCAGUUAAGGUUCCAUGUAGUUUUGUGAUGUAAUACUAUAAAUAGACAGAAUUGCAAUACCGGUAGCUCUCAUCUUAGACUGAUUUUGCAAAUGUGACCACAGAAAAUAAAAUAAAUAAAAUGGGCGGGAGAACAGAAAACACCUCCCGCCCCAGAAGAGAUCUCACAGGAACCCACAUGCAACCUUCCCAGAGCCUGGAAAGCAAGCGGGACACGGUGGGGGCUUAAAAAGCUCUUUUCGCAGUGGGAAAACACAGUGUGGAAAGAGCUUUUAAGCUCCUCCCCUGCCUUACUUUCCAGAUUUCUGAGACUAUCUCAUCACAACUUUGCAGAGGCUUCCAAAGGCCUUGCACGACCUGCUCAGUAAGCAAGCUUGAGGGGCUUAUAAAGCUUGCCAUCUUGGGGGAGGGGGCCAGGCCCGCUCAGCACUGGCCUCAGAGAGAUAGGAAUGGAUGUGCAGGACUAUUUGGGGGGAAGGGGUUUGGCUUUGCAUAAUUUUGCUUAUACAAUCCCCCGCUUAAGAUAACUUCUACCUGUAUAUUCCCGCUUCUUCUUCCAGAAGAGGGAGCUGGUGCAUUGAAGCUACUGCUAAAGCAAGCAUAUGAUGACUUAAACGUAUCUGGCACUAACCCCUGACCAGAUUUCCAAUGAGUUAUGUAUCUACAAGCUUUGUGUAUGGCCAGUGGAUUCAGAACUUUGACUAAGCUUUCUGUUCCUCCAUUUACAUUCUGUUGCCAUCCUACAGUGGCCAGACUAGUACCGUGUCAAGAGAGGCUGUGAAAUACCAAACAUAGGUGACUGCCUUGUACUCACUCAGACCAUUAGUCUGCGCAGUUCAGAUUUCAGAUGCAACAUUCACAGCUCUGCCUAGAGAUGCUCGGGACUGACCCUGAUAUAUGGGAAAAUAUAAGUUGAUCACUUAUCUGGAGCCCACCCUAUCCCAUUCUUCCUGCUGCUUGGCUGAUCUCAACUAAAGCAUCCAUGACAAAAAAAGUCAUCCGACCUCUGCUUAAAAAUAUCCAAUGAACGAGAGUCCACCACCUUCCAAGAAAGUCCAUUCCACUGUCGAACAGCUCUCACGGUCAGAAAGGUCUUCCUGAUGUUUAGUCGGAAUUUCAUGUCUUGUAACUUUAAUUCAUUGGUUCAUGUCCUGUCCUUCGGAGCAGGAGAAAACAAGCUUGCUCCAUCCUCCAUAUGACAGCCUUUUAGAUAUUUGAAGAUGGGUAUCAUACCUCCUCUCAGUCUCCUCUUUAGCAAGCUAGACAUACCCAACUCUCUCAACCGUUCCAAACCCUUGAUCAUCCUGGUCGCCCUCCUCUACACAUGUUGCAGCUUGCCAAUAGCCUUCUUAAACUGGUGCCCAGAACUGGACACAGUAUUCCAGGUGUGGUCUGACCAAGAUGGAAUAGAGUGGGACCAUUACUUCCAUUGAUCGGAACACUAUACUUCCGUUGAUGCAGCCUAGAAUAGCAUUAGCUUUUUUUGCUGCUGCCUGUUGAGUCGUCCUAAGCUUGUGGUCUACUAAGACCCCUGGAUCCCUGCUCUUUAGAUGAUAAUGUUUAUUAUCUUGAUCUCAUAAAAAAUGAGGGUCCCUACUGAGUUUGUGGACCCUCCUACUCAUUUUUUCUGAUUGAAGGCCUUUGACAUCUGCUCCUGGUGGCUUUGACAUUUCCUGUCCUGGUGGCUCCAGACACAGUGGUUCUCAACCUGUGGGUCCCCAGAUGUUGUUGGACUACAACUCCCAUCAUUCCUAGCCAGCAUGACCAGUGGUCAGGGAUGAUGGGAGUUGUAGUCCAACAACAUCUGGGGACCCACAGGUUGAGAACCACUGCUCCAGAGGUUACUUCUGCUGUGGAUGUGCUACCCUAGCCCUGUCUGUGAUCCUGUUUGUAGUAUCCUUGGUUGUGAGUAAGAUAAGAUACAAUCAUAUAUACGGUAAUUUCCCGGCAUUCCUUGGAACUCUUGUCCUUAAGAGUAGAAAUUCUUUUUUAAAAACCUGUUAAGAGAAUGUUAAUGCUUAAAACUUCCUAAACUACAUUAAACAGAUAAAAUAUAGCGAGUUCUUUUCCGUUCUCCUUUGUUUCUUAUUUAAAACUUUCUCUUUCCUUCACUAGAUACAGCGGGUAAAUUUACUUCAUAGCCAUAAAACAUUAGUUGUCUAGCAUAAUGCAAAUACUCUUCAUGUUAAUUGAUUUAGGUACAGUUCUUCCAUCCCUGAUUUUCAAUUCACUUGGCCUAUUGUCACUUAUUAACUAAGCAAAAUUAUUGGGAAAAGUGUAGUCAUGGUCUUAAAUGUUUCCCACAGAAAUCAGCGGGGCUUUAAACUAAAGUUGCUUCCAGGGACCUUUGCUAUUUUAGGGUGGGAUUCAAUCACAUACCAGCAAAUCCAGGUUACACAAUGAUAGUUGACUGGAAUGUCUUAUGCUGCAGACCAGGUUCUUUAAAGGAUUGGACUUUUUGUGCCAAAGCUGGACAAUUCAGUGGGAAGUGCAGGAUAAUACUCACUUUGACAUAAUGUUGUUUAGCCUUCCAGCAAUCAGAUUGGAGUCAAUGCUCAAAACAAGUUGCCUGGAAGUGCCCUCAUUCUCUUUUUAAACACCAUUGGUCUUGGUUGUUAAAGAAUGGGCUACUUGAUGCCAUAAUUCUGUUAAUUUUAUACAAUGGUCAUAACAAUGUUGCCUUGGGGAAAUGAGAAAUGGGAUAUUUUUCUUGAGAGCCAUCUUUCCAAAAACCUAUAAAUACCCUCUUCAAAUAUCAUUGGCUUCUAUCCCAUAAGCCCUACAAUUGAACAGGAGAGGAACACAUAGGUGUAAUAUUUGGUUAUCUGCAGCCUCUCAAUUUUACAAAGUGAUAUGAAUGUCUGCUCACUCACUCUCAUUCCUCCAAUGUGAGGUUGUGAUUCUCGAAAGUCCUAUUUUGUAUUUUUGUUGUAUUUUUGGACUUUGUCUUUUGUUAGAAGAUAAUUCACCACAAUUAGUAAAGGCUCCGAGUUAUUCAGUAAGUAAAGUAUAGCUACAUAGUUACUGGAGUGAUUAUUAUCUGUAUUCAGGGUUGACUUUAUUAACACCAAUAGAAAUCUGAUAAAAAUUGGGCAACGGAAGUAUAUAGUCUCAAUCAGGCAUGACCAAUCUCAUUAUUGUAAGAAAUGUUGUUACACAUAAAAUAAAAUAAAAAAAUAAAAAAUAAAAAAACUUUUUCAAAGGUUUUGUGGUUAACAUGGAUCAAAUGUAGAAGUAAAUCUGCCUAACUCGGCUGUAUCCCAUGCGACAAAGCUUGGCUACAGCCUGCAGUUAGGCUGGAAUCUGAACGACAUGCCAAGUCACGACUUAGUUCAGCAGAGUGUGCAACAGCACAGCGACUGGUGAAGGAGGAAAGAACUGUGACCUCUCUUGGAAGUGGCACGAUCGCAUGUUUGUUCCAAGUCAUGUUCAAUCCAGGCCAGUUAAAGUAGUAGCAGGCCUGGGUGAGGAAGAAUCUCUUGCCACCCUCUCCAUAAGACACUUUUGACAUAUUAUAAGGAGGGGCUCUCUUUCUUUCCUCCCCCUGCUUUUAAUAAUCUGAGCAGCCUGAAUGGAGUGUUGCUAGUAGUGCAAGAAGGGAGUGAAUAUUCCCCUCUACUUCCUUCAAAAUCCUUCAUCCCAUUAUUUAAGGCAGCAGUUGAAUUAACAGGGCUGGGUAAUUGUGGUUCUCGUUUCUCGUCUGUCCUGUUCACACUGUUAGGGGCAUGGUAUACACACUGUCUUAACUUAUAACUGCAAGUGUUCCCAUGGGAUGAGGGAGGCUGUCAUGGGGGGUGGGCUUUUUCAGUCAUAAGGCCACCUCAAUGUGAGAAUGAGAAUAUAAGAUAUGUUAUCUUUCCAUCCAGGAAAGCUGAUGUUAUUUUAGUUCAUGGACACAUUCCAACCAUGCAAAAUACACAGAGAGCGUGGAGUAGGGCUGGGGAGGGAGAUAACCCAGGGAGAGUCCCAAGGGCCAGGUAGGAAGGCCUGGAGGGCCAAAUUCAGACCCUGCACCUCACCCCUACUCUAGGGUCUUCCCUUGUUACUUCUCGUAAGAUGAAUUGUUUGAAGGAGAACUCCUGCACUUCAUGUUCUCCAUAAUACCAGUUAAAUCAGAGAAUUAGUACAUCUGCUGUACUUGCCAGCACUUGCCUGCCCUACUGCAGAAAUGGUGCGCACUCUGAUGCUGAGCAAACUGAAAUUCACUUAUGCAAGCUUUGUUUCGUCAUUUCUUAACCAACGGUUAGUCCCUCCCGGCAGCUCCAAUUCUUUUCCCUUUCAUAUUUGCACUGUGAAGAACACUCUUUCAGCAGGGAUUUGGCAGGAAUAUUUGCUUUUGACUUUCAGGCACCUCUUGAAGACACUUUUUAGGCCGGCAGGCCUAUGCAGCUGUUUAAAACGUUUUGAUUAACCAUUCAGUUUAAUGAUAAUUUUUUAGUUUUUUUUAACGGUUUUUUAUGUUGUACAGGCUGCCCUGAUAUCUUAUGAGAUGGCAAUAUGAAAAUACUUCAUAAAUAAAUAAGCUUCAGGGGUUCUAAAGAACCCUUAUGCAAUCCAUCUGCUAUCUGCUCUGAGUGCAACUACCUACUUCUAACAUUUUCCUUAUAUUACUUUUCACUGCUGCUCAUGUAAAAUUAUGUGCAGUACAAACAAAAAUGCCCUGAAAUGGAUCUGAAUACAGGUCAGUACUUGCCUGCUAUGCCAAAGAUAUAAUCGUCAUUCACUCUGCGAGUGUAGUAUGUUUCUAAAUGACAUUUUUACAAACAAAAUACCUACCGUAGCAUAACACACAAUUCUUAAUGUUGUGAUGUAAAGAAGUUCAGUGUCAACAUAACAAAUAGAUGUCCUGUUGGCUGCAGGCAGUCCCACUUAAUUCUUACUGCUUGCUAGCCCCAUCUGCACGAUACUCUCAGCACCCUUAACAAAGUAGACUUCCCAGGAUUCUUCUGGGGGAAGCCAUAACUGUUUACCCCUUCAUGGAUCACUGCCUUGAUCCAUGAAGCAUCUUAAAAAGCAGAGACAUCACCUUGCCAACAAAGGUCCGUAUAGUUAAAGCUAUGGUUUUCCCAGUAGUGAUGUAUGGAAGUGAGAGCUGGACCAUAAAGAAGGCUGAUCGCCGAAGAAUUGAUGCUUUUGAAUUAUGGUGCUGGAGGAGAUUCUUGAGAGUCCCAUGGACUGCAAGAAGAUCAAAUCUCUCCAUUCUUAAGGAAAUCAGCCCUGAGUGCUCACUGGAAGGACAGAUCCUGAAGCUGAGGCUCCAAUACUUUGGCCACCUCAUGAGAAGAGAAGACUCCCUGGAAAAGUCCCUGAUGUUGGGAAAGAUGGAGGGCACAAGGAGAAGGGGACAGCAGAGGACGAGAUGGUUGGACAGUGUUCUCGAAGCUACCAGCAUGAGUUUGACCAAACUGCAGGAGGCAGUGGAAGACAGGAGUGCCUGGCGUGCUCUGGUCCAUGGGGUCACAAAGAGUCAGACACGACUAAACAACAACAACAACAUAACUGUUUAAAGUGAUAUGAUACCUGCUUUUACAUAUAUAGUGCAGAUGGUGUGUUAUUCAUUGCAAAUUGGGUCUUUGAAGUACCAAAAAGUGGCUCUGUAAUUGGGGACAGAACUUUCUGAAAAUCCAGGGCAUGACUUCAACUUAAGAGUCUCAGUAUUACAAACAUAGGCUUUGCAGUAUUAGAUAUUUCUAGCCUUUACCCUCCUAGGGCUGAACAUUCAGUGAGGGAGAAUGCCUCUUACUGUGAAGGGCUGUUGGGAUUGUAGAAGCUGGCCACAAUUGCAAGUCUGAUUGUCUUGAGAAUGGGGCCAAUUCACACCAUUAGGUCCAGUCUCAUGACUCUGGGGUUGCAGCGCUCAUCUCGCUUUAUUGGCCGAGGGAGCCGGCGUACAGCUUCUGGGUCAUGUGGCCAGCAUGACUAAGCCUCUUCUGGCGAACCAGAGCAGCGCACGGAAACGCCGUUUACCUUCCCGCCGGGGCGGUACCUAUUUAUCAACUUGCACUUUGAUGUGCUUUCGAACUGCUAGGUUGGCAGGAGCAGGGACUGAGCAACAGGAGCUCACCCCGUCACGGGGAUUCGAACUGCCAACCUUCUGAUUGGCAAGCCCUAGGCUCUGUGGUUUAACCCACAGUGCCACCCGCAUCCCUAAUUCACACCAUAGACAUACCUUAUACAGUGUCCUAGCUGGGGGGGGGGGUAGUUGUCUUUUUUGCCGGGGUGAAGCCUCCAGAGGGAUGCCAUUGAGGCUCCCAGCCCCCCCCCUCUGUGUGUGUGUGUGUGUGUAUAUGUUUAUGUGUACACAAAUGCACAUGCACAUGGGGGUGUCAAAUUGGGUCUUUGACAGAUGUUAAAUAAAGCUUGGUUUCACCUUUAUAUAAAUGUGCGUAGCCACCUCUGAUUUUGAACUGGUGAGUUCCUUCUCCCGGAUCUCAGCCUUUUCUCCCUUUUAAGAAGACACUUUAAAUAAAUAAGUAAAAAGAUUCAGCUCAUGUGUAGUGAGUACCUCAAAAUUACAUAUUGUAAAAUUGCUCCAUUUAGGUACAGUACAAAACAUACUUGAGGACUGGAAAAGUUGACUUUCUUGGUGUUGGGCACAUAAUAUCAGAGUAAUUCACAACAGUUCAAGUGUUCGUUGAGUUAACUGGGAAUUCUCUCAUGAUGCUGUUCUGGUACUUUCAGGGACAGUGUGUGCCUAUGGCUUUUAACCACAAUUGUCUGCAUUUACAUUGUAAACCUAGGGCAUGCAUUUUUUAAAAACACGUAAGGAGGAAGUCUCAACAGUGAAUUGUUGUUAAAGCCAACAAUUUGGCAUGUCCUAAUCGGGCUUUUACAAGGGUCAAUUAAGUUGAAAUUCAGGUUACAGCAAUAGCCUUUUUUUCAAGUGUUAAAGUUUUCAAAUAAGGCUCUACUGUUUUGGUGCAUCUGAGCUGUGUGAUCCUCAGCAAAACAGAAAUGGGCACAGGAAUAUACAAUGUCCUUUUAAAAUUCACUCAGGUGGACUUGUACUGAGGUGAGCUGGCUUUUCAGUACUAGGCCUAUCCAUUUCAUGUUUGAUCUUUUUCUCAGGGUGAUCUGAAUAGUUUGAGAAGCUCUGUAGUUGGUCGCAAGUGAUGAAGCCCUGGAUUAAUAGCUGGUUUAGAGCUAAAUUUUCCUUCUAUUCUUCAGGGAGUCAGUCUCCCUAGCUAAGAAAACAAAUCCAUGCUUGACAAGGACAGAAACUUUUAUUGCACCAGUCCAACAAAUUGAAUACAAUUGUGCCACUAUCAAAGAAGCCCUCAGCAAAUGGUCUAUUCAGAAGCCUUGCAUAAUCAUUGUAGGUUUGAGUUUCCAAGAGUGUUGAGCUUCACCUCUGUGACUAUCAUCUGAUCUGAAAGAAAGCUUUGGGUUUCAGGUGGAGAAUCUCACAAUAAAACUAUUCACUGCUGCUCUUUUAUUAGUUUGAACAAGUAUCUACAGAGUUCUAGCCUUGCGACUUUGCUAAAGGAAAAUAUUUAAAGGUAACCCACCUUGCAGACUGAACCGAUCCAGGAAUUACGAGCAAAGCCUUGUUUUGCACCAAUAAAAGGAUGCAUUAUAGUUGGUUCUGAUGUUCAAAAAUGGCCCUGUUCUAUCACUCAGAACGGCAGUGGUUGUUGACUUUAAAAGGUCAGUAAAAUUCCAUCCUGUGCAAGCUUCUUCCCCAAGCCCCAAAAUCUGGAGCAUAUAACAUCUGCCACAAGCGCAGUGAUUUCUCAGUUAACUGGUAUACUUUAUAAAAUUGGCAUUGUAAAACUUUGAGGAAUUAUUGGCCUCAUGGGAAAUGUGUUUUACUCCAGAUGGAAGUUUGCACAUCGUUUUUUACAUUAUGUAAUCAGGAUCACUGAACAAGAUAAAAUAAAAUGUUACAAAUUAUAAGAGAUAAGCUUUUCACAAAUAAGUAGAAAAUAGUUAAUCUCAAAAAAUGCUUUAUAAAUGUAUUAAAUAAAUAUUCCAUCAUCAUUGGGGCAUUUAAAUGCACAGACAUGGGUAUUAUUUUCAACCUAGAUAGUACUUGCAUGAGAUGAAAAACCUGUUUUGAUGAUAGGCAAGUUAUCGAAGACUUGUUUUUACAAAGCUAAUAAAAGGAUACCGCGUUGUAAAAAAUAUUGUGAUUUUACUAGGUCUUGUAUCUGGUGCAAUCACUUUUCCUUAAGCACAGCAUCUGGAAAUGUUGAUCCUAAAGAUCCAUAAAGUGUUAGCUUGACAGUGGAAAGUUGUAAGUUGUUUCGAUUUAUAAAGCAGUAAGCAGAUGUUUGUCUGCCACUUUUCAAAACGACUUCUUAGUUUAUUUCUAAAGAGUUUGUGAAAUGAAUGUAAUAGGUGUUUUUUAAAAAGAUUUCAACUUUUUUUGUGUUCUAGGAGUGUACGCCUGAGAACCUAGAACUGAAAAAGAAGAUUUUUGGCCAGUUAGACCUUAUUGUCAGUAAUGAUGUAAUACUAGGCAGCUCAACCUCUUGUCUUAUGCCUACAAAGUUGUUCACCGGGCUAAAGCACGUUAAGCAGUGUAUCGUGGCACAUCCUGUAAGUACACCAAGAUCCUUCAGUAAUUUAUUGUGUUGAAGCCUAAAUUUGUGUGUUCGGCUUGCAUGUCGUAAGUACAGUUCUUACUCAUUUAUAUGCAAGUUUUUCAAAGGGAUGCCACUUUGAUAUGUUGCAUUUAUUCUAUGAAUGCACAGUUUUGCAAGCUACCCUGGGAAGAGUGGUAUAAAUACAGUAAUCAGUAGAGCUGGGCAAUACCUGGUUUUCAACAUGGUGAUAUACCAGUAUAUCACAAUUAACAUUUACAUUAGAAAAGCCAGUCCGGAUCAGAGCAAAGUCCUAUCUAGCUCAGCAUUAUGCUGCUUGAAGUGGCCAGGCAGAUGCCAGAGGGAAACCCACAAGCACAACAAGACCUCAGUGGUCCUCAUCUGCUUGUGAUGGCCAUCAGCUGCUUCUAGUAUUGUAAUACAGCCAUCAGAAGCUUUAAGAAUGUAAGAAGAGCCUGCUGGAUCAUCUAGUUCAGCGUCUGGUAAUGUAUGGUCUAGUUGAGAUUCCUACAACACAGGACUAGAUGAUCCUUGGUGUCCCUUCCUUGAUUCAAUCAGAUGUCUGUGGGAAACCCACGAGCAGGACCAGAGCACAAAAGCACUCUCCUUACUCUUCUGUGGUUUCUAGCAACUGAUAUUCAGAAGCACUGCUGCCUCUGGUCAUGGUAAAGGUAAAGGGACCCCUGACCAUUAGGCCCAGUCGCGGGCGACUCUGGGGUUGCGAUGCUCAUCUCACUUUAUUGGCCGAGGGAGCCGGCGUACAGCUUCCGGGUCAUGUGGCCAGCAUCACUAAGCCGCUUCUGGCGAACCAGAGCAGCGCACGGAAACGCUGUUUACCUUCCUGCCAGAGCGGUACCUAUUUAUCUACUUGCGCUUUGACGUGCUUUUGAACUGCUAGGUUGGCAGGAGCAGGGACUGAGCAACGGGAGCUCACCCCGUCGCAGGGAUUCAAAGUGCUGACCUUCUGAUUGGCAAGCCCUAGGCUCUGUGGUUUAGACCACAGCACCACCCGAGCCCCAUUCUGGUCAUGGAGGCAGAUCAUAUUCUUCAUGGGAUGGGUAGGCUUAGUGGCAAAGCAAUCUGCUUUACAUCCAGAAGCUCCCAGGUUCAGUCAGUGCCUUUCCAAGUUUUAAAAGACCUUGGUUCGUUUUUGUCAGUGUCCGUUGUCAAGACAUGCACCCAAACUGGGCUUGGGAAAGACAAGAAACAACUUGGUCUUCCCUCUGUGAAUUCAACACUCAGCUCCUACAUUUCCCUGAAACCUGUGGCACAAGCUUUUGGUUCCCAUGUCUCACUUUAAGUUGGAUCAUAGCCAACCUAGGCAUGUGCAACUGAACCAACCACAUCCUGUUCUCCUGUUAAACCCUUCCCUCUCACCCUCAACUAUUUUCCAUGUGAUACAUUUUAGGUUGUAAGCUUAUCAGGGAAGGUGCCUAUCCCCUUGUACUCUGUCAAGUGCCAUCCACACUGAUGAUAUGUUACAGGUGACUCCCCACGUACGCAAGGAUUGUGUUCUGGGCCCCCGCACACAUAAGUGAAAUCACGUAAAAUGGGGAGCAUCCUCUAAACACCCUUUAAACUGCCCCUCUGUCGCUCUCUCAUCAAUCCAUAUCAAAAAAAUUCCGUAUCCAAAAAAAACCACAACUAGAAUUGAAGCUCUGGGGCUGCCAGGAGACUGGCGCAUGUGCAGGAAAGUGGCUGUUGCGCUACCCUGCACAUCAGCUGCUAGGCGGGGAGGCUGAGCAGCAUAAACAAAGCUCCGCUGCACCUCCAGUCUCUUCAGGGCUUCUUCCGCCCUUACUGGUGCCUCUUCAGGCUCUGGGAAGGGUCUCCCUUGCAAGCCACAAGGACUCUCUAGCUCUCCCUUACCAUUUCCAGGUUUGAAUUGAAUGAUUUAAUUAUUUUCCAGUGCCAUGCAAAUACGCGUCUGUCCGCGAGUAGAAUGAUGGUGGGUGUGCCCAUAUUAUCAUCUAAUACAGGGGUCAUGGAGGUGGUUUGACUGGCCCCCGAGCCGCCCCCGAACUGAGCCACUGGUACAGCGUGGCGUGGGGACGUGCUUCCAUGGUGCCGGAAGUCCCAUCUGCGCAGGGAGAGGGAUCUCCGCGGAACUGAUCUAGCCCAGGCAAGAUAAACCUUGCUGACCCCCUGAUCUAAUAGUACUAUCAGAGGGCUUGCCUAAUGUCAGUACUGGUUUUCAUAGAAUUGGAAGGGAACCUCAAGGGUUAUCUUGUCCACCCCCUGAAAUGCAAGGGUCACAAAUUAUGUUAACUGAGUGUAAUGGUAUGUUCAUAAAUAUGUUUCUUUUCUUUCUAAAUAUGUUUUGUGUAAAGGUAAACCCACCAUAUUAUGUUCCUCUGGUUGAAUUGGUUCCCCACCCAGAAACUGAACCUUCUACAGUUGAGAAAACCUAUGCUCUGAUGAAGAAGAUUGGGCAAUCUCCGGUUCGGUUGACAAAAGAGAUAGAUGGUUUUGCUCUGAACCGACUCCAGUAUGCAAUCAUUAGUGAAGCAUGGAGACUUGUUGGUGUAUGUAUGAUUUUUAUUCUUUAACUGACUUGAAUGUGCUUCCAGUAGACUGCAUUGUACUACUUAGUCUGGAGAUCAGUCUCGUUGAGCUCAGUGGAGCUUACUUUUAAUAAAUAGGAUCAGAAACUUAUUAUUUUAAAUUAUUUAAUAUUCCAAAAUAUUUUAAUUAUUUUUUUAACAACCCCUGUGCAAUAACAUUAACUGAUAAUUAGUCAAUGCUAAAAAAAAGAGAGAGACGCAAGCUAAGUUGCACAGUAAUAUGAGGAACACUCCAAAACAAUGCCAUUUUCAUUCAAGCCCAGAAGAACAAGGUGAAAAGGUCAGCGAGAGAAAUAUUGAUUUUCAUGUUGUUUCCCUUCGUUUCCUGUUGCAUUCAGAAGGCUCUGGGAAUACUUUCUAACAUUUGUGCUCAGUGAAACAACUAUGAAAGUAAUCCUUUAAGCAGCAGUAAGCUCAGCUUUCAAGAAUCACAUCUCUCAACUUUUGAUAAUCAUUUGAUACAAGGGAAUAAAAGACAAAUUUCUCCUGCUGCUGCUUUUUUGGAGUCUAGUUCAUUAUGCCUUGUAGUGACAUUGCUUGUAGCAUUUCCCACAGUUACAUAUUCUCUUGAUACUAGUUAUGACCUCCUUGCGCAAAAAGGCAAUUUCUCAGUCUCCUCUCUUUGUCUUGAGUUUCAAUGGUGAAGGCCAUUAUCGUUUUUCCUUUGUGUGUAACUGUAAACAAUGUGUGAUGGCAAGGAAGCAUUGUUAUGCACGGUUUUCUAUAUCUUUCUCUUGAUAUCAUAGAUCAGGUGUGGCCCUGACUAUGGUGUUGGACUCCAACUCUUAUCGUCGCCAGUGGUCAGGGAAGAUGGGAGUUGGAGGAGCCCAACAACAUAUGGACAGCCAAAAGUUACCCACCCCACCCUCAUUCUUGUAUGUGUUGCUUCACAUGGGGUCUUGGGGUUAAACUGCAUAUGUGUUUUCAAUCAGUGAUGUGGGUUGGAAAAGUUUCUAGCGCUUUAUUUUUCUGCAGGAAUUUUUCCAUUUCAUAAGUUCAUUAGUAACAAUGUGUGGAUGCCAACUUGUUGGCAUUUGCCUGUCUCGAGAGGCAAUGGAGUGUGCCUCUGGGGAUGAAAUCAAACUGCUGCAUUUGCAGCACUGAAGUGACCUCCCCAAGGCGCAAGCCUGAGAACUGGGUACGGAAGUCCUGGACAGCACCAGAGGACAAGACUCCCACCCCCAGCCUCACUGAUGUGGUCCAAAGGAAAGCAGAGCAAUACAUUGGGCACCAGCUUGGCUGCAGGAGUUGCCAGAAGGAGGCGUACAAGGCACCAUCCAACCAUCUUAGGGGCUCCACUCCAAAUUUGUGUAGGGUUUACUUCUUAACCUUUUCUUCUCCUGAAGAUGUCCCCCAGGAUUUUUCCUUGGAGUUUACUCCUGAAGCCUUUCUCGUGGAUGAGUAUAGCCACAAGGCAACAGAGGUGUAGGAACUGAGUUUUCCUUCUCCUAGAUGGGCAACCUUCCCAGGUUGAUGAGCCCUAUCUGCCCCUCACUUCCAGAAACUGCCUUCUUGACUGUUGGACCCACUAAUGGUCUCACCCACUUAUUCUGCCAGAGCCUGUCCUAAUAACUUUGCUAGCAUUUUAGAUGGCUUGUUACCAAAUUCAAAAUGUUUUUGUCUAAGAAACAUUAAAGAUCUCCCCCACUUCUGAACUUGCAUUUAUUCAAGCUGUUGUCUUGUACUCUUCAAUUGUUCACCUCCUUGCACACUUCUGUUUCGUUUGUGCAGUUAUUGUUAAGUGCUAAUCUUAGUUUUUAGUUGAGUUUCUUGUGGAAUAUUCAUUUUAUUUCUGACACCUUUUUAAAAUACAGUUAUACCUCUUAUAUAUGCCUUCGCUGCAUCCCAUAUAGUAGGCUAAGAGACCUCUGGUUCCUUUGAGAAAUAUAUUUUAACUCUUUACUAAUACUAUUUACCAACUCAGGAUUAUUAAAAUACGUUGCAUCCAAUCUCCAUUGCCUAAACAUUAUUUCAUUCCCACUUAAAAUAGUAUGAAUACAACACGCUGACAGAAUAAUCCAUUCAUGGAGUUUUACCAUAUUAGUUCUAGGGAAGGAAACCAAAGAAGCCCAUAAAGCAAUUGCUUUUACAGGUUCAUCUUCUGUUUGAGUUUUUAAACUCAUUUUGAAAACAGAUUGUGCUAUGGGGUGGGAGAUGCUUUCGACACUUCAAAGAAAAAUCAAGCCAAGUCUGCUUUUGCUGUAAUGUGGGACGUGCAACUAGUCACCACAGCGUGACCUGUGACCCCAGUGAUCUUGCAGGGGAGGAGAUCCAUAACUCCCACUUGCCGCAUUGCAGCAGCAAUGGCAAAAGGAGAAGCAGAAGUUGCUCAUGGUGCUUUUGUAAUGUGUGGAACUGAGUAGCUUAUUUUUCUUCCUUUAUUUUGUUGCCCCCAGAGAGACCUUUGGAAGGCACCAUUAGGACAGCAGCUACUUUCUUCACUGCUGCUUACCCGGCUUAAAAGUGAGCAGGGUUGCUUCCUAAGGGAAUUAGUCAAAAGAUUUGUAAUUGUAUGUUGUAAGACUGUAAAGAACUCCUAAAAGCACAAAGAACAACGGGUAGUCUUUAAAAGACACUCUUUUGGCAGUAGGGACAAAAUUAUUUGUGUGUCAAUUGAACAUCUGAUCUGACUUACUAAGGGAAUGUGAAAUUUGAACUUGUCGAUGGCCUUCUAGCUAUAGACAUGCCAGCUAUUUACAGAUUUCUAAUCACUUUUUAAAUAAAGGCCUUAUUCUGUUGCGGGGGGAGACAUUUUGAAGGAUAGUAAUACCGUACAGCAAAUUUUAAUAUCUUGACAUCAUGUUUUGUCAUUAUUUAUUUUAUUUUACCCAGAAAUAAAGGAGCAACUUGUACAUACUUUGUGGAUUCCCUAGGUACACAGAAGUACACAAGUAUGUUAAUUUGAAAAACAACAUCCAGAUGAGAGCUUACAAAAAUAUUAUGGCAUCUGAACCGUGGGUGUGGGUGGGUGUUAGGGAUGAGGAGUAGAGUCUAAAGAAACAUUAAGUCAAGUGUGGGUCUAUCAGUUGAAUCUAUAGUUGAGACAUCCAGUGUUUUUGUGUGUCAGUCAAAGGAGAAAAUAAAAGGAAAUGGAGGACAGAGAAAGAAAUUAAAUUGGCCUGCUCAAGUCCCUGACAACUUAUAUAGUAAGUAUCCCGGAGAAGGGAAAAUAGAUUUUGUGCUGUAGAGUUCCUGAUAUCUGCAAGCUACAAAGAAACUGAGAAAAUUGCCAAUGAAUGGAAUUCACCAAACUCCUGUUAAGGACUUCUUUCAACACUGCUUUUGGUUUUUAAGAUGCAUUUUAAUGGAAUGAUCUGGAGAGUAUAUAUGUAUGGCGGUAUGUCAGAUUGGCCAUUGGCAUCAUUUUUUCUGGAUGGUAUUUCUGCAGGGACCUAUAUUGCUGUGUAUCUUUUUUAUAUAACUUCUAGAAAAAUGUCUACCAUAGCUCUGUUUCUUCAGAAUCACAAAAUGACCCCAAACAGCACAAUUCACUGAACGUGCAGUUAUGUGCCAGUUCAACUGGUGAUGCAGGAUUGUGGUUUCUGCUAUGAGUGUUACAGAUCUACAUUACCAACUAAACAGGGACAGAGCUGUGUAUCUGUAGCCCUCUGGAAAUGAGGUCUGCCUUUCCAUAAUUUUCUUAGUUAUGCUACAGAAACUUCAGUAUACCACGAUGGAAUGUGACUUUCUUAGCUAAGAAUAUGUAUUCUAAUCUAAGUUUUAUUUUAAAAAUGGGGGAAACCCCAGCUUUGUAAAUAUGUUAGGGAUAGCCUUAUAGAAAAUUUCAGUAACCUGUGGAACAGCCAAGAGGAUGCACUUGUCCUAACCUGUUUUUAGGGUGUGCUGCUAUUUCUUGGAAAUGUACCCUGUAGAUUUAACUGAGCUUUGAACAGCACUUUGUGACAGAUGCCACAUAGGAGAUUUGGGAGUUUCCUGAAAGCGUUGGCAUGUUGAAGCCAUGCAAAUUGGCUACAUGAUGCAAGCAGCUUCUCAUAGCAGUUGUGUGGCACCUGCAUUGUCUGUAUUCAGUCAUCUUGUUCCAACCAUGAAGACGCACACCUGGGAGAAUUCCAUUUUAAAAGGCACUUUUAAAGCAAAAGCAAAAGUUGUACUGUAGUGGAAACCAUAAUUGUUCAAAAGAAGUGAAAGUGGGAUGAGAACGCUUAACAUUUCUUCUGAAAUUCUGCUCUCUUCUACUCAUAAUCUGUGCCCUGCCCCACCCUGCAGGAUUGCACUAAUGUGCCUUGCAUAAACUGGAAAGUCAUUACUUACAUACAAUGUACAGAGCAGCUUCAUAAUGGUUUAUGCUGCUAAGUCUUUUGAAAAGAAUUGUUCUUUUUGGUUGUAGCUGCCAGCAUCAAAUUUAAAUGCUCGUUUAUUCUAAAAAGUCAAAUAUUCAAAUAAUCAAAAGUAUACAGUUUGAUAUCCAAAGCUGUUCACUCUGGUCUCUUCCCCCUCUCUGCUGUCUAUGUCAUCGUCAUCAUCAUCAUCAUCAUCAUCAUAAAAUAUUCGUACCCUGCCCAACUGACUUGGUUGCCUCAGCCAUCUGGGUAACUUCAAACAUAUAUAAAAACAUAAUAAACAUUUAAAAACCUGCCUUUCCUCUCCCCCCCCCCCAUAUCUCAGUUGAUAAGUUAACUACCCUAGUGUCUUCUUGCCCCUCCAUAUGUCCCCUGUGAUCCCAUCCUCACUUGCUUCCUUGUGGGAUCUCUCCUGUUGUUAUCCUUCCUCUCUUCCACAUAAUCAGCCCCUCUCUCCCGCUUCUUCAAACAUGCCAAUAUCCCACUGUUCUAAAAAUAAAUAAAUAGAAGAUAAGUGAAUGUAUUUUUUAAAUCAUCUCCAGCUUUUGCUCAUUUUCCCCCUCUGCGUUGGUACAUGCUAACCCCAUGUUUCCUCAUUCAAUCUCAUGGCUUUUGGUACCACCUAUGCGCAGAUGAUAGCCAGCUCUAUCUCUCCCUCUCACUCUAAUCCCACAUCUCCUGCUGCUUUUCUCAUAUAUUUCUGUGCAGAUGCUUUGUUACCAUGUCAAGUUUAAAUUAAACUGUUUACUGUAUCUAAGCCUGAACUUCUUCCAUCCCAAGCCGCCUUCUCUCUCUGUAUACUUUGCUUAUCCUUUGAUAGUGUUAACAUUAAGCCUGUUGAACAGGCAUAUAGCCUUGAUUUCAUUUUUUACUCAUCUCCUUUGUUCCCCAUGUUCAGCCCAUGCCCAAGUCAUGUUGCUUCACAACAUUGUAAAAAUAUGGCUCUUCCUUUUCAUCCCCGUAGCAAAAAACUGCUCCAUGUCCUGGUUAUCUCUCACCUAAACUACAGGAGUUUUGUCCUGUGGUUUUCCAUUGUCUCACCUUGGUCUCUGGUACUCUUCCACCCAAAUCAUCAAUCUUUGUCAUUAGACUGAUCAUGAGUUAAGGUAAAGGUAAAGGACCCCUGACAGUUAAGUCCAGUCGCGAACGACUCUGGGGUUGCGGCGCUCAUCUCGCUUUACUGGCCAAGGGAGCCAGCGUUUGUCCGCAGACCGUUUUUCUGGGUCAUGUGGCGAAACCGGAGCAGUGCACGGAAAUGCCGUUUACCUUCCCACCGGACCAGUACCUAUUUAUCUACUUGCACUCUGACAUGCUUUUGAACUGCUAGGUUGGCAGGAGCUGGGACCGAGCAAUGGGAGCUCACUCCGUCGUGGGGAUUCGAACCGCCAACCUUCCGAUCGGCAAGCACUAAGCUCAGUGGUUUAGACCACAGCGCCACCCACGUCCCGAUCAUGAGUUGCCUACGCUUAAAUCCAAACACUGACUUCCUCGCCAUUCCUUGUCCUUACUUUCAAAGCCUUCCAUGACCUUGUUCUUCUAUCCCAAUACAUGACCUUUACUUCUCCAGCUCAGCCCACCACUAUCCAAGAUUCUCUUGCUUCUUCCAAAGACUCUUUGCUCUCCACCAAAUAUACUACCUCUUAGAAAACCUGUGUGAUGCUCCCGUUAUUAGUUUUUAGAUGUUUUAAUUGUUGGCUAGGGCUGAUAAAGUUGUACUAGAGGGCCAAUGCUUCCACACCACUGCCAUAAAAGAGACAAAGCACACUGAUACUAUAUUAUAAAUAAUGAUACAGUAAUAAUAAUAUUAUAGGAAGGUAACUCUGUAGCUAACAGUAGAGAAUAUAGUAUGUGAUGUAAUACAUGUAUAUAAUAUAUAUGGUUCAUUUAAGAAUAGUAACAGAUUUGUUUACUUAAAAAAACAAAACCUUCUGUUUUCAAUAUAUUCCCCAUCCCUGGGAUUAGUGAUUAAGCAAAGAAGUAGAAUUUGUGAAGUUCUUCAACAUUCAUAAUGUUCUCGCCAUGCAGGAUGGAGUAAUAUCUUCUGAUGAUCUGGACCUUGUAAUGUCUGAUGGCUUGGGAAUGCGGUACGCUUUUAUUGGACCCCUGGAAACCAUGCAUCUGAAUGCAGAAGGUAUGUCAUUUGUUCCACUUAGAUUUAAACAUGGGAGUUUCCAAGGCAAAUGUUUCAUGAUAUGGAGUUGUUGUGAAUAUCAGUUUAACAGGUCAGAUCUAAGACCUAAAUCCUGUUCUUUACACCGUAAUCUUCAGUAUCAGGAUGUUCCAAGCCAUUUGUAAAAGCUGUUCCAAACAUCACCAUGAUGAAUGAUAAGAAUUGGCAACAUGAGGUACUUCAUUAAAGAGGAGCAUCGGGUUUAGAUAAAGGAUUCCUGCUUUGGCAUGUAGCUUUAUCCCCAAUUCAGGCCUGGUAAAAAUGUUUUUUUACACGCAGCUUGUGGGUGACUAGUGUUCCAAUUCAGAGUGUCAUCACAUAGAAGCACCCUAAGACUAGGUCUACACAAUAUAUGAUCCACCAAAACAACAAUAAACUUCCAGUUCUGUAUUGUGACGUGCAAGGAGCUCUACUCACAUGCUGUCUCAUACACACACAUACACACACACUUUUGCAUUUCUAGGUAGAAAACAAAAACAAAGUUAAUUCAGCCUGUGGUGAGCUGUGUCUGGUCUGGUCUGUUCCAUCAAAAAUUGUGCCAGACUGUUCUAGUCCAUUUGGUACAUUUCAUGUGCUAAACAUCUCCAGCUGCAGAUCCAGGAACAAAAAGACAAGAGUUACUUCACUGGCUUGACUGAGAAAAGAAAAUAAUACCAGUCCCUUAUUCUCAACCUUUGGGGAUACUACACAAAUGGAACUUGUUGGGUUGUUCCAUUUGUUCUGGAAGGGAGAACCUGAUUCAUUUUUGAAGGGUCCGAAUUUAAAAAAACAACAACCCAUAAACCUAUAGGCUAUCCAAUGGACUUCACUAUUUGGGAAAUGAAUGCCUUUAGCUGCUCCUCCCAAGGAUGUUGUUGUGAAUAUGUUGUGAAUAUGCACUACUGGGGCUUGCUUCUGAGUAGGGUCGUAGGAGUCUUUGCUCUGCAAUGACAAUCCUUCAUAGAUGGGAAGGGAACUGACUGUAGGGCACUGUGCCAGUAGCCUUGUGAUUAGAGAACAAGUGCCAACAGCAAGUCAGUGAGAACACAGAGAGAGGGAGAAACAUGAGAACUGAAUGCUGACAGACAGAAAGGAAGCCCUUAACAUUUUUUAACAAGAGAAGUACUAUAAGGAUAUCUAAUUGACUUAAUAUGAUAAUGGUGAAUGCUGAUUUUGGGUCCAGUGAGUUCUUAUACCAGAGCUGGGCAUUUUAAAAUUUUGGCAUAGCAGCACUUAAAAAGAGAAAGAAACACUAUCAGAUCCUUUUAGUGAAAAAAACCUGCCAGCAAUACAGUGCUUCUAGAGACAUUUUCUCAUUUACCUAUCACAGUAUUAUCUUAACACAAAGUACCUCCUGUGUGGGUGCCUAAUCUUUUGAGGUUCCACAUUAUGUGGUAACAUUAUACGCUUGUUUUCAAGCUUUCUGAAUUACUUUAUAAAAAAAAAUCACCUGCAAAACAAGUAGGGGAAACUGUAUUGGAUACUAUGCUUCAGGCAGCUCCCCCAUCAUAAUCUCUGUAUAUUUCUGUAGUAUUCAUGACAGCAGGAUUAUUUCAUAGCUAACGCUUCCAAGUUUGAAUCACUCAAGAGAUGGAGUAAAUAUCAGUGGGUGAUAUCCAUUAAUAUAAUCAGAGCAGAUCAAUUGGUUUCAAUGGAUCUAUGUGAAGUAACAACCACCAGCUACUUCAGACAUCUUGUAAAUAUUUUCUUUUUGACUACAUGAUUUGCACUUCUCAAGUUUGAAAUUCUUCUCAGGUCUGAAAUUCUGUUGGUUUUAUGGUUCUUUGUAUAUGUAGAAUUCUCUGUUUAGGAAAGACCAACAAGAGAUCUCCAAUUGUAUUUCAGGAAUGCUGAACUAUUGUGACAGAUACCGUGAAGGUAUGAUACGUGUCUUGAAAACCUUUGGGCCAAUACCGGAUUUUGCAGGGAAAACAGAACAGAAAAUCAAUCAGGUACAUGUGCAAAUUGGAGUAACAUGACAUCCAUCAAACUUACAGCCUGCAUUUAAUAUCUUAGUUGUUUUUAGGAAACAGCUCUUACCCAUUUUUGGUACAGUUUACACAUCAGUUGGCUUUUGUUUGGAAGUUUAAUGAACAAUGAAUUCCGAUACUGUAUAAAUUAAUGGCUGUUGAGAUCAGCAGAGUCAACCUGGGCCCAGUUUGCAUGAACUGCAGGCAUAUGACUCAGUGAACAAUUGCUCAUGGCCUGCUACCACUUUGGGUGGCACUUCUGCAGUGUAGCAUACAGAAUGAAUUGCGCAUACGCACCACCAUUACCUGUUAUACGCCAGCUUUACCUCUUAUACGCCCUACAUCAUUACAUUAACCACAUGCAAAAUAAGAAGGCAAUAUGGCUGUCACCAAAGGCAAUGACAGUUUGAUCUAAGGGGGAGGGGGUGGAGGAACCACUAUACAUGCCCAAAGGACCUAAGACUGUCUUUUCAUCAGAGGUAAGUUGAAGUGCUCAACUUUGGAAUAUUUGGGUCACCUCAUUAAUUCAACAAACUGGUUGUCAUUAUCUGGAGCACUCUUACACAUUGGGCAAAAAUGCUUCCAUGAUACAAAGCUGAACCUCUUCUUGCUAGUCAUUUCAUUCUUUCCACUCAGUUCCUUUAAUGUAUAAUCUUCCCAGAACAGCCUGUCUCAUUCUUAUCUUACUGGCACCAGUGUCUCUCUUGACUUUCAAGGCCCAUUCUUGUCUUUAUGCCUGACAAAAGCAGAGGCUUAAGUAUUUCACCUUACGUAAGUUACCUCUCUAAGGAUACACUCAAAAUGACAUCUAAACAGACAAAUUGCUUUACAAUGUCUGUGAGGAGACAAAAAGGAGGUCAAAUGCCCAGCAUGUGCUUACGCCUACAGGGCCAAGGACCAGGAAUCUUUUAUGUUGCUUAAAAAUGCAGUGGCAUGACAAAUUGGCAGGAUUAUUGUAAUAACCUGCAGUUUCAUAAGAGUAUACAAUUAAAGCAGAUUAAUAAAAGAAUAAGUUAAGUUAAAAUAUGCAGGAAAUGAUAAAAAUAAAUUUAAGGAACUGCAGAAAUAGGAGGAAGGAAGUCAAGUUUUGAAAUGUUUAAAUGACUGCAAAACUAUUGAAAUGUAUAUAACCGAAAACCAUAAAUAAAAAAUUAAAAUAAAAAAACGCAAUGGCAUUGUUCAGGACCAGAUAAGAAUAAACAGGAUAAACCAUGGUUGCAUCCCACUUUGAUUACACUGUCUGAUGUGUAUUUUAAAAAACCACUUUAAAAUUAGUCUACACAUUAUGAUUCCUGUACAAACUUCUUUCUCGAGGAGUAACGUUAAUGUGAUAUCUCCAAAACUGUAGCCCUAACUAGAUGGAUGGGAGAUACCUGGAUUCACCAUUUGUUGUGCUAUAUACUGGUUGAAUGGAAAGGACCUUUGCUUCCACAACAAAUUGAAAUUGCUUUGCACUUCUUUUAGGUAGAAGGACACAAUGCAAGAUUUUGUUACAGGUCCUACUUGUACAGUGGAUGCUUGGGUUGCGAACGUGAUCCGUGUGGGAGGCACGUCCGCAACCCGCAGCGUUCACAACCUGCAGUGCUGCGUCUGCGCAUAUGCAGGUCAUGAUUCAGCACUUCUGCACAUGCAUGAUUUAGCGCUUCUGCGCAUGUGCCAAAACCUGAAAGUAACCCAUUCCAGUACUUCUGGGUUCGGCGCAGUGUACAACCUGAAGCAUCUGUAACCCGAGGUAUGACUGUAGUUCUCCUAUUUGUGACUUGUAUUUUUUUUAACCUUUUCUUACCAGGCAAUGUGUGAAAAGACCCCAGCUGACCCUGAACACCUUAAUGCCAGAAGACACUGGCGAGAUGAAUGUCUUGCACGCCUGGCUAAACUGAAAAAGGAAAUUAAAUCUGACGAUACGCAUAAUCUUUAAACCAAAGGGGCAGUCAUCAUUGGAUUGGUAUUUGAAUGGGCACAUGCAUAUCUUCCACAAGCAGAUGUUAAAAGCAUGGAAGACUCAGUUGCAAAUGCCAGAGUUGGUCAAUCCACAUCACUGUAGUCAAGUUAAUUAAGGCUGGAAUAUUUUUUAUCUAAAGCUACAAUCCUAAACCCUUGGGGCAGGUGCAUGGAUUUCAGUGGGACUGCAUAUUUGAUUGUAAAUUGUACCUUCAAUGCAAGACUUCCUUCAUUUUAAGUAACAUCCUGUAUUACCGAAAUUACUAAUUAUUAUGUAAUUUUAGUAAUUUUAUUCUGGGAUGGCUUCUUAUCAGCACUCCCUUAAAUAUUAAUAGUACAGAACACUGAUGUUAUUCAUUUAAAAUUAUGCUUGUUAUAAUCAUACUUUGUGGUUAAUUUAGCCCAAGAUGUGUUUGAGCUUGCAUUUUGGGGAAUAUAAGAUUAAGCUGGGACAAAAAUAAUGACUGGUUGUUCCUUUGGGCUGCAUUCUGCUCUGUGGAGUACUAGGCAUCACACCCUGAUUUAUGAUCAUUUGAGAUUAUAAGCAAAUUCAUUUGGAGACAAGUCUGUUUCAUUAAUGUUAAAGGGCCUUUAACAUUAUGAACUUUGCAUCAUAGACUUUGGUAUGGUGUCUAUGAUGGCAAUAAAUCUACACAGGAACAUAUAAUAUUGACUCGAAGAUGAUGUUUUUAACCUGGUUCUGUUGACUGUUCUUCCAAUUGCAACGUGACUUUAGGGAUUAAAAAAGCUUUUCCUAAAAUCAAGUAAACAAAUGCAGUUUACAAUGCCAUAGGUUAUAUUAUUUGUUCCAGAUGUGUUGUCUGAAGCCUUGAGUACUAAAUUCAGGACCCAUAUGAUGUUGAUGGCUUGGUAGCUAAACAGUUUUCUCAACAGGGUUCUAUACAGCUCAUUGAUAAAAGAAGCUCAUUCAAAAAUAACCCUUUGGGCUACUGUGUUGACUAUAUUACCUGAAUCAGUUCCUUCUGUUUAGUUCAGUUCUCUACAGUGAUUCCAGUUUCAAAUACCAUUGCAGACACAUUUCUUGUACUAGUCUGUGUAAAAGCUAUGCAACUAUGUGUUGGUUGUUGAACCAAUCAAGAAAGCUUCGUCAUGUCAAAUCAGAUCAUUGGUCCAUCUAGUAUUGUCCACACUGAGUGGCACUGGCUUUCUAGGAAUUCAAACAGGAGUCUUAUCUACCUGGAGAUACCAAGGGUUGGAUCUGGAGUCAUUUGGUUGCAAAGCAUGUCUCUCCACUAUGAAGGCAGAACCAACCAAUGCCUCAGCCACAGAUUACUGUACCAUAUUCAAUAUACAAAUAUAUAUAUGAGAAAAGCAUUUUUUAAAUCAGUUUUUCCCUUUUUAGUCUUAUGAAGUAUAAGAAUUCUUAUUGGCAACAAUUCAUAUCAGAUUUAAAAUAUUUCUGCAGUUAAACUGAUGACCUUGUUUUCAUCAUUGCUAACCAACUAACUGCCUUUUUGUGAGAAUGAAAGCCUUAGGCCAUGGGACAAAUAUCAAUAUUUUAUAUACCACACGGAAUGAACCAGUAACCUUGACAGAUGCCUUCACAGGUGGGGAGUGUAGUUGAUACCUCCUAGGGUCCUCCUGUAGCAUAACUUAUACACAACAUGGGGCAAGCUGCUCAGUUUUCCUCCAUGUCUUAACUAGGGCUGGGUGAUAUAUCAGUAUAUCAUCCAAAGCCAGUUUGAAGUCCAUACAGUAGUACCUCAGGUUAAGUACUUAAUUCGUUCCGGAGGUUCGUUCUUAACCUGAAACUGUUCUUAACCUGAAGCACCACUUUAGCUAAUGGGGCCUCCUGCUGCCACUGCGCCGCCGGAGCACGAUUUCUGUUCUUAUCCUGAAGCAAAGUUCUUAACCUGAAGCACUAUUUCUGGGUUAGCGGAGUCUGUAACCUGAAGCGUAUGUAACCCUAGGUACCACUGUACUGUGAUACUGGCUUUAUAAUUUUUGACCGGGCAAUAUAUAGUGAAUCAUGAUGUGUGUGUGCAUGCGCACACAUACUAUGCAAAAAUAAUGGUGCAGGAAAAACUGUGAAGCCAACAAAUGCCUCUGCAUAGCUCCAUCCUUAUUUCAGACAUUGUGAUAUAUCAAUAUAUCAUAAUGUUUAGCUGGUGAUAUAUUACAGUGUUGAAAAUCAGAUAUCGCCUAGCCCUAGUCUUAAUGUGAAGUUUUAAGAGGAUUAUAGAUACAGAAGAAACUUCAGCAGGGGUGACUCUGCUCAGAGGAGUUCCUUGUCCUCCGUUUGGAUGGCAGGUGCUGGGUAGAGGGUUUUGUCAGCUGGAUUUCCCGCCUUUGGGAGACUACCCUAGCUUCUUCUAGACUGUAGUCCUGUAAAGACCAUCUUGUUUAGUUGAGUUUCAGCUUGGAUUAAUUAUCACAGCCCUGUAUAAUCGUUUUAUUUUUGGUUACUGGUGAUGUUGUUUUUGUGCUGCCAUUUUAUGAUGAUGACUUUUCAAUUGUCUGUUAAUGACUGCAUGGUGUUCAGGGCUAUUUUGUUGACGGGGAUGAGCUAUACUGACUGAUAGAUUCCAUUAUGCUAAUAGCUACAUGAUGUUCAAAACCUCAUUGGCAAAUUUAACAGAAAGAGAACUUCUUUUCUUUAUUUAAACCACAUGGUGAAAUUAUAAUACAACUUCUAAAUAAUUGCCAUAACAUUAAUUUUAUUAAAUAUGAGUGUGGCUUUUUAAAAGUCAUUUUGUUCUAACUUGCUUCUGUUCUGAAAUAUUGAAGCUCUCUUAACACUGGUAAAUAUCUUCACUUUGCUUGUCAAUAAACAUAUGUAAUGAAAUCUCUGUUAUGUUUGUGGGUUAUUUUAAUGCCAGUAUUAAAUUUGAGCUUGAGAUAAGCUAGGGUAGAUUCAGAUAAUGCAUCAUCCCACUGUGAAGUUUACUUUUGAAGUUACCACAUGCUGUUAUCUGUACAGGUCUGAACAGGGAUUCAUUGAAUGAUAGUUACUGACGCCAGUGUAGCUAGCUUGGACGGGAAAGUUUUUGCAGCUAGUGGUAAAUGUAUUUCAGUCUAUAACACUGUGGAACCUUACAGAGAAUUCAAUUGUUUAUGUACUUCAUCUUGUGCUUAUCAUAAAAAGGCAAAAGUG